GCGGCGUCCCAGCACAGUCUUGAGCCCCACGUGGACAUCGCCAGACGCUGUCCCCGCGCACCACCUUCUGCCACCAUGAUGUCCAAAGCAAGGUGUCUGGCCACUAAUCUCGGUGCCCUUAGUGCUAGGAAGAAUGUGGCGCAGCUCCUACAACAGAGCUCAGUGCAAGGGGUGCUGGCCCAACACAAUGCCCUCAACAUGCAGACCAGAUACAAGUCCGAUGGGGUGAAGGGAGCAGUGAUCGGCAUUGACCUGGGAACAACAAACUCCUGCGUGGCCGUCAUGGAGGGCAAGACUGCAAAGGUGAUCACCAAUGCAGAGGGAGACCGCACCACUCCUUCUGUCAUUGCAUUCACUAAGGAUGGGGAGCGUCUGGUGGGCAUUCAGGCCAAGCGUCAGGCAGUCACCAAUGCAGGGAACACCUUCUAUGCCACAAAGCGACUCAUUGGCCGGAGAUACGAUGACGAGGAAAUCGUCAAGGACAGGGAGACAGUGCCUUUCAAGAUAGUGAAGGCCAGUAAUGGAGAUGCCUGGGUACAGACAGACGAUGGCAAGAUGUACUCCCCAUCUCAGGUUGGAGCCUUUGUCCUCACCAAGAUGAAGGAGACCGGUGAGGCAUAUCUCAACACCCCCGUGAAAAAUGCUGUCAUCACUGUGCCGGCUUACUUCAAUGACUCCCAGAGACAGGCCACCAAGGACGCUGGUCAGAUUUCUGGGCUGAAUGUGCUGCGAGUCAUCAAUGAGCCCACUGCUGCAGCACUGGCCUAUGGCAUGGACAAGACUGAAGACAAGAUUAUUGGAGUGUAUGAUCUUGGUGGUGGAACCUUUGAUAUUUCCAUUCUUGAGAUCCAGAAGGGAGUGUUUGAGGUGAAGUCUACCAAUGGUGAUACAUUCCUGGGAGGUGAGGACUUUGACAGGCAUCUUGUCACCUUCCUUGCUGGUGAAUUCAAGAAGGAGCAAGGUGUGGAUGUGACCAAGGACACUAUGGCCAUGCAGAGGCUGAAGGAAGCUGCUGAGAAGGCCAAGAUUGAACUGUCCUCCUCCAACCAGACUGACAUUAACCUCCCCUACCUGACCAUGGAUGCAUCUGGACCCAAGCACAUGAUGUAUAAGCUGACAAGAGCCAAGUUUGAAAGCAUUGUGGACAAGCUGAUCAAACGCACCGUUGACCCAUGCCUCAAGGCGAUCAAGGAUGCAGAGUGCAACAAGUCAGAGAUAGGCGAGGUGAUCCUGGUUGGUGGAAUGUCUCGUAUGCCCAAGGUCAUCUCAAUGGUGCAGGAAAUAUUUGGCCGUGCUCCAAGCAAGGCGGUGAACCCCGAUGAGGCAGUGGCUGUGGGCGCUGCCAUCCAGGGCGGUGUAUUGGCAGGCGAUGUGACAGAUGUGUUGCUGCUGGAUGUCACGCCGCUGUCACUUGGUAUUGAGACCCUGGGAGGUGUGAUGACUAAGCUCAUCAACAGAAACACGACCAUUCCCACCAGGAAGUCACAAGUGUUCUCCACAGCUGCUGAUGGCCAGACACAGGUAGAGAUUAAGGUUCACCAGGGAGAGAGAGAAAUGGCUGGUGAUAACAAGCUUCUGGGACAGUUCAGCUUGGUUGGCAUUCCUCCUGCUCCUCGUGGAGUCCCACAGAUUGAAGUCACCUUUGACAUUGAUGCCAACGGCAUUGUUCAUGUCUCUGCUCGGGACAAGGGCACUGGCAAGGAACAGCAGAUUGUGAUCCAGUCUUCUGGAGGUCUUAGCAAAGAUGAGAUUGAGAACAUGAUCAAGAAAGCAGAACAGUAUGCUGAGGAGGAUAAGAAGAAGAAGGAAGUGGUGGAGGCCAUCAACCAGGGAGAGAGUAUCAUUCAUGACACUGAAAGCAAAAUGGAGGAGUUCAAAGACCAGCUUCCUGCAGAAGAGAGUGACAAGUUAAAGGAAAGGCUUACAAAGGUGAAGGAUCUUCUGGCGAACAAGGACUCUGCCGAUCCAGAAGAAAUCAAGAAGGAAGUCGGUGAACUCCAGCAGGCAUCACUGAAGCUGUUUGAGAUGGCAUACAAGAAGAUGGCUUCAGAAAGAGAAAGCAGUGGAUCAUCAGGUACUGAAGACAAGGAUAAAGAGAAGAAGGAAGAAAGUCAGCAUUAAAUUGAUGGCUUUAUAACUAUAUGUAAAAAUGAGAUUGUUGAUACUACCUUUUUUAACCUUGGUGACUGGCUUAUGUGUUCAGUGCUCUAUUUCAAAAGGAAUUGGUGUAUAGAUGAGCCCAAGACACAAGCCUGCCACUGAUGUAGCUUCACAUCUGUCCCUGAAUAGAAGCAUUUCAUUAGGAUUUCUGGCAGCCAGUCAUAUGUAUAGCAGGUUAGAGAGAAGUGCUAUAGUCAAAUAUAUCGUGUAAAUCUGUACGUAUUCCAAUAUAAUUUUAAGUUAAUAUUAUGUUAUAAUUUUUGUACAAAAUCACAAAAUGUGUGUAUAUAUAUAUAUAUAUAAUACUAGUAAAUUGUUUUGUUAU